UGGAUCAGGUAGUACUCGAGAUCGAGUUGGAUGGGAGGCAUGGACGGGGUACACACAUGCACCAGCGAGUCACCGACUGAACAAGCUGCCUACCUAUAUAAGACGAUGGCGGGAUGCCGCAUCCUUGGAAUGGAUCCCUCGAGUUCUGUCAGUUGCUUCUGAAUAGCUUCACUCUGCGUGCUGUGCUCGCUUCCUUCCUUUUCCCCUUCACUUUCUCUUCCUUCUUUGUUCCAUUCUUGCCUUUGACAAGGCCAUCUGCUGUGCAGAUUUUAUACCACUCUCUUUUGUAACAGCUUCUUCUUCUUCUUCUUCCCUUCUUACCAGUCUCUCGCUUUCUGGUUCACCGAGUAUCUAUUACUUCACUCCUUGCUAAGCCAACACCAUGAUUCCCAAGACGACACUUGCUUUGCUCUUUGCGGCCCUUGCUGCUGCUGGGCCCAUCCAACGUCGAGAAGUUGCAUCAUUGAACCCGGAUGCCACCGCUGAGGCGCAGAAAAGAGACGACACGGCCACCCGUGCCUUUUCCAAUGUCCAGAUCAAGACGUCCGAUGGCAAGUGCUUGAGCGUCGACCCGCUCUCAGGAGACUUUCGGGCCAACUUGACGCCCAUCCAGAUCACCGACUGCGGCAGCGCGCAGGGCCAGGGCUGGGAUGUCAUCACUGCCGGUGUCCACAACGACCAGAAGGGUCAGGCUCUCAUUGUGAGCACCCUGACGCAGGCUUGCUUCAACUUUGACCCUCGCCGGGCGGCCGGCAACCAGGUGCUCCUCUUUUCGUGCGGUGGACGCGCUGACGGUGGCGGACAAGUCACCAACUCUCAGCUCUUUGCCUUCACCGGCGGUGCAGGCCCGCUGAGCCUGACUCCUGGCAACGAUCCCACAAAGUGCUUCGCUGCCAAGGGCAACGUGGUCGACAUUGCCGACUGCAACGACAACGAUGCUUCGCAGAAGUUUACCUUUGGCGACGCUGCUGCUGGAGGCUCUGAUAACGGCAACAACAACGACAACAACGACAACAAUGACACCAGCAGCAGCUCUGCCACCGCCGCCGCCAGCUCUGUGCCUGCUGCGACGCAAGCCCCCGCUACCUCUGCCGCUGCUGCUCCCAGCGCUACUCCCAGUGCCGCGGCCCCUGCGGAUGACCAGAACUCGCUCUGCUCUGCUCCCAAGGUCAUCACGGUGACUGAUGUGACCACUGUCACUGCUGGGGCUGCCCCUCCGGCGGUAACCAACGAGGCCACUCAGACUGCGGAGAGCACAGAGUCUGCUGCUGCUGCUGCUACCUCGAGCGCGGGCAACGGGUCGCAGACGACUGCUGCUGCGUCUCAGCCUGCCGUGACCGCCAACCCGACGACACCCGUCCCCGUCUCCGGAGCUGGAGGUACCCUGAACCCCACUGCGGUUGCCGAAGCCCAGAAGUUCGAUGCCUCUGCCGUCCGACCAUUGGAGAGCGUCAACAUCCGGGCCGCCGAUGGCCGGUGCUUCUUCAUCGACCCCACGGCAGGCGACUUCCGAGAGAACCUGAUCCCCGUUGGGCUGGCGGAGUGCAGCGAAGACGCCAGCCAGAAGUUUGACAUCGUCACCAAGGGCGUCCACAACGAUGGCCAGGCUGGCGAGGCGCUGAUUGUCAGCGUGUUGACCAACGGCUGCCUCAACUUUGACGGCCGGAGAGCGGCCAACGACCAGGUGAUUCUGUUUUCUUGCGGUGGACGUGCCGAUGGUGACGGCCAAACUGCAACUUCGCAGCUGUUCCCCUUCGAGGCCGGCUCCGACACGAUUCUCCUUACUCCCAACUCGGCCGACAAGCAGACGUGCCUCAUCGCCGGUGCUGACAGGGUGGAGGCUGCGCAGUGCAGUGGUCAAAAGGACCAGACCUUUGAGCUGGUGGAGGUUCUGUAA